GGGAAAGGAGGACUAAUACAUGGGAUGGAUGGGAGGAUGGAUGCCGCGGGCGCCGGAGAGGUCGCCCGGUGAGGCGGGGCUGGAACCGUCAGCCAUGAGAGACAGGAAGAGACGGACCGGCGAGGUGGUGCUCGAGCCCGAGGCCUCAAGAGCUUGGUGAGUGUACAUUUGACCACUGUGCAUGGUAGUGCGCGUCGGAGUGAGGGUGCCGAGAGAGAGAAUGCUGCGUAUUGACUUCCCUAAUUUCUGGAUCGCAGCUCAAUUCACUGGCUCCGGCUUUGAUGCGCUUUGAAUUGUGCUUUACUAUUUGAUGUCCGCAGUCACGGACGCUGGUAGUGUUUCCUUCAUUCCUCUCAUCCGUCUGUGCCUCCUCCUGCGCCCUGCCAUUUAUGAGGAGUCUGCAGAGGGGCGAGAGAAUGUAGAACAUAUGGGGAUCAGGUAGGCCGGAGGAGAAGUACGCCGCGCGGAGGCAGUAGGCAAUGUUUGGGAUGUGGCAAUUGCUGGAUUGUCUCUCCCUCUCAGGAACCUGCGGUCUAAACGAGGCGGCGAGCAACCAGUCGACAAAUACCUCGGUUCUUAGACCCCAAAGGCUGGAUUAGAAGGACAGGUCUGCGUAGAUCGGCGGAAGCGGAUCGAAGCGGACGGCAGAGGAGGAAAGCGAGGAGCCUUUGUAGUCUAAUUUAGGAGCAGUAGCAGCUCAAUCAGGAAUUUUUUCCACUGGAACGUCUUCUUCCUCAACUCGCUUCACUCUUCUUCCCACUUUGCUUCCCCUCACCUCAUCCUGCUCUUUCUCCGUUUCACCCAAUUAGACUUUCUCGUAGUUUUUCUUUUCUUCCCGACCUCCCUCUUCCAGACACAAUCUCCCCGCCUUCUCUACAUUUCUCCUCUCACGUUUCUGGUUAGUUUAGUUAAUUUUCAGGUUUGACUCCAGAUUUCCCUUCAGCGGUUUGAAAUUCGUAGCAAUGGGGAUUAUAUCAAGAAGAAUCCUGCCAGCAUGCGGCAUGGUCUGCAUAUGCUGUCCUGAGCUGCGAGCGAGAUCUCGCCAGCCGGUGAAGCGUUACAAGAAGCUCAUGGCAGAUAUUUUCCCAAAGUCUCAGGAUGAACUGCCUAAUGAUCGUAAGAUUGGAAAGUUGACCGAGUACGCGUCGAAGAAUCCGUUGCGCAUUCCGAAGAUUGCUGAUGGAUUGGAACAACGAGGUUAUAAGGAGUUGCGAGGUGAACACUAUGGAACUGUUAGAGUAGUGAUGCGAACCUACAGCAAACUCCUUUCCGCUUGCCGGGAUCAAAUGCCGCUAUUCGCAACGAGUUGUUUGAGCAUGAUCAAGGCGCUUUUAGAUCAAGUAAGACAUGAUCAAAUGCGAGUUUUGGGUUGCCAGACUCUCGUGGACUUCUUGCAAAAUCAGAUGGAUUCCACGUACUUGCGCAACUUGGACGCAUUUCUCCCGAAAUUGUGUGCAAUGAGUCGUGAGACUGGAGAUGAGAGCAAACGGGAUCAUCUUCGGGCCGCGGGUUUGCAUGCACUUUCCGCUAUGAUCAGCUUCAUGGGCAAAUACUCACACAUAUCUGCUGAGUUUGAAGAUAUUGUGGCUGUUGUCCUGGACAACUACGACGCAGAUAUCGCGGAUUUAGAACAAGAGUUGCAGGAAAGGGCUGAACCACACGAUGACAGCAAUUGGGUGAAGGUAUUAAAGGGUGAAGGCCGAGGUGCUGUCUCUGCCAUGACUCGAGCAAUAUCUAAGUUGUACUCGCAUAAAGAUAAUGCUCGUGCAAAGGACCCUACAACUCUAACCAGCACGGAGUCGGAGCAACCAAAGGUUUGGUCUCAAAUAUGUGUGCAAAACCUGGCUAAAUUAGCAAAGGAAGCUACCACAGUGAGGCGAAUUAUGGAACCCAUGUUCCAGUACUUUGAUGGAGGAAGUCACUGGUCACCGGAACAAGGGCUUGCUCUACCCGUUCUUCGCGAAAUGCAGUUCAACAUGAUUAAGUCAGGAAAUGAGAAGCUGUUCCUUCCCGUGCUGGUAAGACAUCUUGAUCAUAAGUCUGUGGUUGAUCAACCUGCUUUGAAAACAAAUAUUGUCGAGGUCAUUGGAACAUUGGCACGCCAGUCCAAGGCUAAAGCUACGGUUUCAGAUGUCGGCUCUAUGAGUGACCUACUGAAGCAUCUGCGCAAAAGCAUCCUGUUUACUCGAGAUGCCACUCAUUUUACACAUCGUCACAUGAUGGAGGAGCACAAAGCCCUUCAAAUGGCACUUGAGGACAGCCUCACAGAAUUUGCAAAGAGGGUUGGUGAUGCUGGUCCAGUCCUUGACAUGAUGGCUGCCAACUUGGAAAAGCUUUCGAACAGCCCUUCAGUGGCAAGAUCAGCAAUCGAAGCUGUGUCCGUGUUGGCACGCUGUGUUUCAUUCAUUCCAGACCAGUCGUAUACAGAGCAGUUGUUCCCAGAAGCGCUCUUCCAACAACUUCUACAGGCGAUGAUUCAUUCAGACGUAGAAACUCGUCUUCGGGCUCAUCAUAUCCUAGCUGUUCUCUUAGCAGUACCCAGUCAUAAUAUAGCGACAACUAGAGCUGAUGACCAAGACGCUUUGCAAACUGUGCCUGAGGUUACCACUAUGCUAGCAAGGACGUCAUCCGUCUUCUCUUCUGCUGCCGCUUUGUUUGAAAAAUUGAGGAGUGAUAAAUAUGGAUUUUCCACUAGCUUUAGGGAUAGAGAGAUUCAGCCAGAGUCAGGUUAUGACGAUGUGAGCAGAGAAGGUGCAGAACUGAAGAAGAUGAGCUCCAUUAGAAAUGGUGAGGAUACGAGUAAUAAUCCUUUUGCUAGCCCAAAUCGUUUGUUUGGGUUUAGAAUGAGCUUGGAUCGUACGACAGAAACGCCCAUGGAUCGGUCUCCUUCAAGACAACCACGGCGGUCCACUAAGAGCUUCAAAGAUGUCGAAAUGACAGUCGUAAGGCUUAGUGGACAUCAAGCUGCACUUCUCUUGUCUACCCUUUGGCUUCAAGCUACUUUACCCGAUAAUCUUCCUUCAAACUUUGAAGCCAUCGCUCACACCUACAUGCUCGUUCUUCUUUUCUCCCGUGCUAAGACUUCCAGCCAUAGCACUAUUUUACGUGCCUUUCAGUUGGCCUUCUCCAUCAGGAAUUUGGCCCACGAUUCGGAAAACAAUCAGCUACCACCGUCAAGGCGCAGGUCGCUCUUUAUGCUGGCAACUGCAAUGCUUGUAUUUGCUGGACGUGCUUACAACAUUCCUCAAGUUAUGGUUUCUGCUAAGGCAACACUUACAAGUACCGUGAAAGAUCCAUUUUUGGACCUGGUAGACGAUAACAGAUUGAAAGUCGUCGCAGCUUCCUCUGUAAAUUUGAAAGAUUAUGGAUCAGCUACGGAUGAUCAUGAAGCACUCAGGUCUUUAUCCUGCAUAUCCUUCGCUCACAACCAGACAUCUGAAGCUCUCGUUGCUCUCAUCGUCCACAGUGGUGCUCCUAUUUCCGAUUCUGAAGGAUCAUCCGCAGACCAAAUGCUUCAGCCUUUCUGUGCUGAUGACGUUCAAGGAUUAGUACCUCACCUGUACCUAGAGGCGCCUCAUAAGAGUGGAUUCGGUUCUGGAGAGUCCACGUCGUUCGAGGAGAUAUUAGCUCGAACAAGCGCUUCAUAUGAAGAUGAACUUCUAAAUGAGGGUGGUGGCGACUUACUCCGACUACCUGCUUGGGCUCCUACUCCUGCUCAUGUUCAACACGCUAUCGGCGUGACUGCCCUUUUAGAAGCGGCUCUUCAAACAGCAGGGCAAGUGGCUUGUGUUCAAAUACCAGAUUCUCCUUUGUCAUACAGUGCCAUGGCUAGUCAGUGCGAAGCAUUCGGUGUUGGAAGCCGAAGAAAGAUGUCCUCUGUGCUGAGAUUGGAUCCCGAGUGUAGCUCUAUGCGCUUAACACUUCCUGACAAGGAUUGGCCAGCAUUGAUUUCUUUCAAUGACGAUCAACCACAAGCUCACGGUCCGGAAGAUACGAGUGUGGAUCACAAUCCCGAUGUUUUUGACACUCAAAGUGCUCCUUUGAUAAAGCAGGAUUCGCUGAACUCCGUGUCAUUUAGCCCGUCUUGGCUUACACCAGCUCCCCCUGAACCUUGGCAAGUCUUCCGACUCCCUCCAGCUAGUCCUUAUGACAACUUCCUGAAGGCUGCUUGCUGCUAACUUGUCAGUAAAGGUUGAAUAUACGCAGUUCUUAGUCUUCUGACGACAGUGAGCAUACCUCUGAAGUGGAUACUCAGUUCGUUCGCUAGAGGGGAGAUGAUAGUGGGAUUACGGUGGAUCAUUCUGUAUCCACACUAUCCCGUAACUUGGGCUUGUGAAUGCAAUCCGGAUCAAGGUGGACAAUUUUGUUCUGCAACAUUUUAUCAGCGGGAUGGUCUAGCUUUAUCUCAAUCCAGUUACCGGCCGAGCAUAUGGACCGCAAUCAGGUAUGAAGAUGCUCAGUUACUAGUCAUGAGAGACUGUUUGAUGCCAGUGGUGUGAAUUAUGACACAUUGCGCAUGAACAGGUCUUGAGGAUACUACCGAUAAACAUGUCCGUAAACGAAAGUGGUUCAAGGUUAUAGUGGCGCUUUGCCUCUCAUAAAAAUACCACAGGAAACAUAAUUUAACGUCCAGGUUUCAUAGAAAUCAUUGGAGACCGUAGAGAUUGGAGGAGAGAGUUGGACAAAGCUUUAGGCAAUUGUCCAUUGUUUCUUAUCAGACCUCCUGCUUAAGUUCAGAAUAAGGACAAGGUUUAGUAAAUUGAAUCAGCAUGCUAAUCAGGAACGUUAAGUAUCUUGUACGUUUACAGAGCUCUAGUGCGGGUCAGUGACUUAUUUCCUCCCAGAUUUACAUGGGUAUACAGGGAGACGUUAACGUUAAGAGAACUUCACACAUGCUUGAAGAAUCUGGGCCCGCAACUAUUUGCGGCUGUGGUUCCUAAAGGAGAGCCUUGAGAAUCCAAGUAAAUCUCCUCACCUCCACGCUCUCUUGGGAAGGAAGAGGAAGACGUAGUGCAUCUCUUGUUCAUGGGCGAACUAUCUAGUAAACAAAUUUAUCUGUUCAGCAGUGUAGAUUAAGUUGUUAGGAUCUUAUUGAUUUUGAGCGUUCGGCUUUGUCUUCCUACAGUGAAUGGUAAUUACAAGCUCUACCUAUUCGAGAGAGCAUCACAUUGAGCAAACUGAAUAUCAUCUGGCUCCUGAUGUAUAUUUCUCCACGCGUUUAC